GUAGCUGUAUGUUUGCAAUUGCACCAACCGUGAGGGCGUCCAGCUGCGCAGCUGUUCUCGCGUUUGCGUGCGGUAUCGGAGGCAGGGCUCAGUGUAUAAGUAUUAGUCUUGCCUGCGGACGUAUUUGUGUGUGUUCGCCGUGUGUGAUAUAUAGGAAUGUGUUGGGUUUCUUAUUCUUGUGUAUUCGUCUGCCUCUGAUUUAUUGAGCGGUGGCGCAUUUCACGUUAUCCUGCUCGAUUCUGCUUCUACCUUCAGUAGCCUUCCUUUCUUCGCCUCGUUCCUCAAUGAUACGUAGCUGCUGCACAUGUGAGCGCUGCUCUUCCGAUGGGUCGGCGCGGCCUAAAGCAAUAGAAGAAGUGAAUUGUCUUUGUCGUGGAUAGCGAUGGCGUUCGAAGUCUCGAGCGUUUCGUGAUAGUCGCAGCGGUCCGGCGUUCGUUGUGGGCAGUGGGGUGCCCACAUGGACCAGAAGCGUGGGACUUAGCAGCGUGCCGUGGUGCAGUCGCAAGAGCAGCGCCGCAGCCACCAGGACGCAGCUGAGUGACCACCAUGAGUGCUUCUGUGACUUACGAGGCCAUGGCUGCUGGCUGGUUUGCGGGGCUAGUCAAUAUCACGAUUGGCCAUCCCUUCGACACGGGAAAAGUCCGCGCCCAAGCUCGAGUCUCCGACAGCGAUGGUGGGAUCCGUCAGCUGCUGCGUUCGCCUUCUUCUGCAGGUACGGACUUCUGUCACCUUUGUGCAAGUAUGGAAGCACGCUGUCAAGGUAGUGCAGUAUGUAUGACAACCACAUGCAAAAAGUUGCUGGAUUGAUGCCAACGAAAAUUUCUCAGGUUCGAACAUCGGUAGCACUGGUUCGAGGGUUUUCGCGGGCGGAGGCCCGAUUCCGGCAGGAACUGCCAGUGACCGCGCUCGGCAGUAUGCGAAGGCCAUUCGCGUUCUUUACCGUGGAAUCCAUGGCCCGUUGCUGACCAGCGGAUUGAGCAGCACGCUGAUGUUUGGGAGUUGGCGAUACUUCAAGGAUCAGCUCUCCGUGGUGCCUGCAUUCGAUCCCGCCAACUGCGCUGACCCCCUAACGGCAACCCGGCAGACCGUGCUAAUCGACUUUGUGGCGGGGUGCGGGAGCGGCUGGGUCAAUGCGAUCCUCAUGUUUCCAGUGGUGUGCGUGAAGCUGCGGGCGCAGGUGACGCCCGCGAGCGCGGUACCAACCUCGUUCUUCCGGUCGGUGCGUGAUGUUCUCCCCUGGAUGAGACAGCCGUUGACGCUACUCCGCCUCGGCUAUUUACCGCACUUGAUCCAAGAGGGGAUUGGUCGCGGCUUCUACAUGGCAACGUUCACCUACUUGUCGGGCCAAUGCAGCCGCGCGGACGAGGCGGACGGGUGGCCGCGCCCCCUGGCCGGCGCCGCCGCGGGGAUUGCGGGCUGGACAGCCACCUACCCCUGUGACGUCAUCCGCAGUCGCAUGCAGCGGGACUUCCAUCAGCAUGGGCAGCUGCCGCACCAGGCCAAACUGCAAUCCAGCUGGAUCAAGUACGCUCGUCAGAUCCACCGCAAAGAAGGGCUUUCCGGUUUAUAUCGGGGCUUAUCUUUUUGCAUCCUGCGGGCUGCGCCCGUCGCAUGUUUCACUCUUCCCGCAUAUGACAUGUGUUUCAACUUGCUGCAUGAUAUGAACCGCCAAUAGAAGUAGACCGCGCCACGGCCACCGGGGACGACGAGUUCUGGCGACGCCUGAUUGGUUCUCUCUUCAUCUGCUCCACUCCGGAGUCGUACCGUCAAGCGACGCUUCUGGUCCGCUAGUCGAUUGGCUCUCACGGCGCAGAACAAAAAAUAAGUAUGUACUUCUCGGUAGAUAGCAUAAUUUUUGUUUCGAAGGCUUCACCAUUACCACUAAGCUGGCUUUGUUGUAUUCCAGGCUCAAAUGAAAAAAUGAAAACGUACUUGCCACUGCGAGGAACAUUUAAGUUGGAAAAAUGGUUUGAUUCUAAAUGUUGUAAAUCUAAAUGAACAAAAUUAGCUGUAGGUGUAGGACCAUGGAUGAUAUAUGUAAAUAUUUUCAGGAAGGAUUUAUUGGAAAAUUGAGAAUACAAAAACUAAU